GCGUCGGGGUGCGGGCGAGCGUGCUGCAUCUGAGUGAGUGGGCGAGACCAUCAGCCGGGAGCAGCCAAGUCCGGCGGGGCGAGGGGACCCUCCCGGCAGUCCGGCGGCCGCAGCGGAGCGGGUGACGCACCAUGGCGGCGGCGGCAGCGGUGGCGGCGGCCGCCUCGGUCCCACCCAAGAAGAUCGUGGCUCCCACCGUGUCCCAGAUCAACGCCGAGUUCGUCACGCAGCUGGCGCACCGGUACUGGGCCCCGCACGUGCAAAAGAGGCUGUCCUUCGAUGCCAAGGUUAUUGAAGAUGUAUAUGUGAAAGAAAUCGUUAAGUCAAAAUUUGCCAUUAGAAAGAUAAUGCUGCUUGAGUUUAGCCAGUAUCUUGAAAAUUACCUGUGGAUGAAUUAUUCCUCAGAGGUGUCCAGUAAAGCAUAUUUAAUGUCAAUCUGCUGCAUGGUAAAUGAGAAGUUCAGAGAAAAUGUCCCUGCAUGGGAGACAUUCAAGAAGAAGCCAGAGCACUUUCCCUACUUUUUCAAAUGUAUAUUGAAAGCAUCAUUGGCUGAAAAGGAGAGUGAAUUCUCUCUUCAUGAACAGACAGUCCUUCUACUCUUCCUUGAUCAUUGCUUUAACAGCUUGGAAGUGGAUUUGAUCAGGGGACAGGUGCAGCAGCUCAUCUCGUUGCCAAUGUGGAUGGGAUUACAGCCUGCACGCCUGGAACAGGAAUUGAAAAAGACACCAAAACUUAGAAAAUUUUGGAAUCUUAUCAAGAAGAAUGAUGAGAAAAUGGAUGAAAAGACACGAAUACAGGCAUACCAAGAAAGAAGAUUCCUUUCACAGCUCAUCCAGAAAUUUCUCUCUGUGCUAAAAUCAAUACCUGUCUCAGGUCCUGUUUCCAUGGACCAAGUUCAUUACUGUGAAAGAUUCAUUGAACUCACGAUAGACUUAGAGGCCUUGUUGCCCACCCGGCGCUGGUUUAAUACAGUAUUAGAUGACUCCCAUCUUGUUGUUCACUGUUACCUGUCCAGUCUUGCUAAAAGGGAAAAAGAGGGCCAUCUCUUCUGCCAGCUUUUGGAUAUGCUUAAAUUCUAUACUGGCUUUGAAAUCAAUGACCAGACUGGAAAUGCUUUGACUGCAAAUGAAAUGACUACAAUUCACUAUGAUAGAAUUACUUCUCUACAGAGAGCGGCUUUUGCACAUUUCCCAGAACUCUAUGACUUUGCUCUCUCAAACGUGGCAGCGGUUGACACACGUGAUUCGUUGUUGACGUUCUUUGGACCACUGAGUUCAAACACGCUCCACCAGGUGGCAUCAUACCUCUGCUUGUUACCAACUUUACAGGAAAGGGAAGAUACAAGCUAUGAAAAAGAGUUGCUGCUAGAAUUGCUGGUGUCCCGUCAUGAGCGUCGAAUAUCGCAGAUUCAGCAGCUCAACCAGAUGCCUCUGUAUCCCACAGAGAAGAUUAUUUGGGAUGAAAAUAUUGUCCCAACUGAGUACUAUUCUGGAGAAGGUUGUCUCGCUCUUCCGAAACUGAAUUUACAGUUUUUGACUCUUCAUGACUACCUGCUACGGAACUUCAAUCUUUUCCGCUUAGAGUCUACUUACGAGAUCAGACAGGACAUUGAGGAUAGUGUCAGCAGGAUGAAACCUUGGCUGUCGGAAUAUGGAGGUGUUGUGUUCGGUGGAUGGGCAAGGAUGGCACAACCCAUUGUCUCGUUUACUGUCGUAGAAGUGGCAAAGCCCAACAUUGGUGAAAACUGGCCUAUGCGAGUGAGAGCAGAUGUUACAAUCAAUUUAAAUGUCAGAGAUAACAUCAAAGAUGAAUGGGAAGGUCUCCGUAAACAUGACGUUUGUUUUUUGAUUACGGUUCGUCCCACACAACCUUAUGGCACAAAAUUUGAUCGAAGGCGACCCUUUGUGGAGCAAAUUGGCCUAGUGUAUGUCAGGGGAUGUGAAAUCCAAGGCAUGUUGGAUGAUAAAGGCCGCGUCAUUGAAGAAGGGCCUGAACCCAAACCAAGACUUAAAGGAGACUCUAGAACUUACAGAGUGUUUCUAGAUCCUAAUCAGUAUCAGCAGGACAUGACAAAUACAAUUCAAAAUAGAACAGAAGAUGUCUAUGAGACAUUUAAUAUAAUCAUGAGGAGAAAGCCAAAAGAGAACAACUUUAAGGCUGUUCUGGAGACUAUUAGGAAUCUGAUGAACACAGAUUGUGUGGUUCCUCAUUGGCUGCAUGAUAUUAUCCUAGGAUAUGGAGACCCAAGCAGCGCUCAUUAUUCAAAAAUGCCAAAUCAGAUUGCAUCUCUGGAUUUUAAUGACACAUUUCUCUCCAUUGAUCAUUUAAAGGCUAGUUUUCCUGGCUAUAAUAUUAAAGUAACAGUUGACAAUCCGGCUCUGCAGAUACCGCCUUUCAGGAUAACUUUCCCAGUAAGAGGUGGCAAAGGAAAGAAGAGGAAAGAGGAGGAUGGGAAUGAAGAUAAAACUGAAGAAGCUAAAACCUUAGUUGUUGAACCUCAUAUUAUUCCUAACAGGGGACCAUAUCCAUAUAACCAGCCAAAACGAAAUACUAUUCCAUUUACCCACACUCAGAUUGAGGCUAUACGUGCAGGAAUGCAACCUGGGCUGACUAUGGUAGUGGGUCCACCUGGUACAGGCAAAACUGAUGUGGCUGUGCAGAUCAUAUCCAAUCUCUAUCAUAAUUUCCCUGAACAAAGGACCCUUAUAGUUACACAUUCCAACCAGGCCUUGAACCAGCUGUUUGAGAAAAUCAUGGCUCUAGACAUUGAUGAGCGCCACCUCCUGCGUCUGGGUCAUGGAGAGGAGGAAUUGGAGACGGAGAAAGAUUUCAGCAGGUAUGGAAGAGUUAAUUAUGUCUUGGCUCGAAGAUUAGAGCUUCUACGUGAGGUUGGACGUUUACAAGAGAGUCUGGGGGUCCCAGGAGAUGUUUCUUAUACCUGUGAAACAGCUGGACACUUCUUCUUAUACCAAGUAAUGUCUCGUUGGGAGGAAUAUAUUAGCAAAGUUAAAGUUAAGGGUGGUAAGCUUCCUGAUGUUGCAGAGGUCUCCAGUUUUUUCCCGUUUCAUCAGUAUUUUGCAAAUGCCCCUCAACCGAUUUUUAAAGGGAAAACAUAUGAUGAAGACAUGGAAAUUGCUGAAGGGUGUUUUAGGCAUAUUAAGAAAAUAUUCACUCAGCUUGAGGAAUUCAGGGCAUUUGAACUUCUCCGCAGUGGCCUGGACAGAUCCAAAUACCUCUUGGUAAAAGAAGCAAAGAUCAUUGCAAUGACUUGUACACAUGCUGCUUUGAAACGACAUGACCUGGUUGAAUUAGGUUUCAAGUAUGAUAACAUUUUAAUGGAAGAGUCUGCCCAGAUUCUAGAGAUAGAAACAUUUAUACCUCUCCUUUUACAGAACCCCCAAGAUGGAUUCAGCCGGUUGAAGCGCUGGAUUAUGAUUGGUGACCAUCACCAGUUGCCACCUGUCAUUAAGAACAUGGCUUUUCAAAAAUACUCCAAUAUGGAACAGUCUCUUUUUACAAGAUUUGUUCGGGUGGGAGUCCCAACUGUUGACUUGGAUGCUCAAGGAAGAGCAAGAGCAAGUUUGUGUAACCUCUACAACUGGCGCUACAAGAAUCUGGGUAAUCUGCCUCAUGUGCAACUCCUUCCAGAGUUCAGAACAGCAAAUGCAGGAUUUCUGUAUGAUUUCCAGCUGAUAAAUGUAGAAGAUUUCAAUGGAGUGGGAGAGUCUGAACCCAAUCCUUAUUUCUAUCAGAAUCUUGGUGAGGCAGAGUAUGUUGUGGCACUCUUUAUGUACAUGUGCCUGCUUGGUUAUCCUGCAGACAAGAUAAGUAUCCUGACAACUUACAAUGGACAAAAGCAUCUGAUCCGUGAUGUCAUUAAUCAGCGUUGUGGGAAUAACCCAAUGAUUGGUCGGCCAAACAAGGUGACAACUGUAGACAGAUUUCAAGGUCAACAAAAUGAUUAUAUCCUUCUUUCGCUGGUACGAACAAAAGCUGUUGGCCAUCUGAGGGAUGUCCGACGUCUAGUUGUUGCCAUGUCAAGAGCCAGGCUUGGGCUUUAUAUCUUUGCAAGAGUAUCUCUGUUCCAGAACUGCUUUGAGCUAACACCAGCUUUCAGCCAACUCACAGCUCGACCACUUCAUCUACAUAUAGUUCCUACAGAAUAUUUCCCAACAGCCAGACAGAAUGGAGAAAGGCCUCCUCACCAAAUCCAUGUAAUAAAGAACAUGCCUCAGAUGGCUAACUUUGUGUACAAUAUGUAUAUGCACAUGAUACAGAGUACACGCCACUACCGGCAGCAUUUAUUGCCCCCACCAGCCAUGGUUGAAGAAAGUGAAACAGUUCAAAGUCAGGAUACUGAAGUGGCAAUUGAAACGCAAAGCACACAAAUGGAGACUGAAAAGGAAGCUAAGGAAGAGGGAGAGAUGACAAAGGAUGAGGGACUGAAAGUGGCAGAUGAAGAACAUCGGAAAAUGCCAGAACAUCCAGGAAGAGAUAGUGAUAGUGAAGACAGUGGAGCUGAGUCUGAGACUGAAAAGUGAGCUGUACCCUUAGUGCAUCUUGGGUGUACAAACUGGAAGAGACUAAAAAUAAAAUCAAUUUUUUACAUGGACUUCUGUUAACAAUAGGCUGUGUAAUAUGACCUGUUCUGCAUAUUACUCAACGAGUACUUCAGUGGGAAAAAAAAGAUUGGUAUAUAGUUUUAAAUACUAAUGGGUACUGAAUUUGUGUCAGUAUCAGUAUUUUGUAGCGUAUUUAAUCAUGUUAAAUGGCAGGUGUUUCCUCACAAUUUGUUUACAAAAGAUGUUUUUAUUCUGGUUUUGAAUUUUUCUAUCAUAAACUAAAAAUAUGAUGUCAUUGGUCUCAUUCACUGAGUCAUUAAUCAAACUUUUGUGCUUCAGCAUUGAUGGCGCACUUGCAUUGAGGAGUUUCUUAUUAAAUGUUGCGGUGCUGCUACCUAGAAUUGGUAUUUCAAGCUUUUCAAGUGCUAUUCAGCAAGAUAACUACAUAUACCAAAUUUAGGUCCAGGAGUGACUUCAGGGGGACUUUUGCAUUCUUUGAGUGCAUUAUUGAAUUAGCUCUUUAAAGAGCAGUAUAACACUUUCACGUGUGGGCUGUGCUUUUUCAUUUUUGCCAUCUGCUGUUUUUAAUAUUUCAGCAAAAAAAUAUGCAGCUUUGCAAUAGUGAACUUUGCAAACUGAUAGUAUUUUGCAGUUAAAAAAGCUUUCAUUUUCAUAAGAGGAUAAUUGCUCAUGGCAAAUAAUAUCAAGUGUGAAGGUGAAAGUAGUUUCCAUGCAAAUGGUCUUCAGCAACAUCAUGUUCGAGUAGGUUUUCUGGGGUAUGUUCCAAAUGCACAUCCUUCAAAAACUCUCAGUGAGUAAAAAGUUUUCCUCUGAUUCAUCAUCAGCAUCUGCUAACUUGGCAAAAAAUUCAGUGAUAUAUACACUCUUUCCAGAAGAUCUUCAAACAAAACAACAGCAACAAAACCAUCCUUCUUUUUCUUUGUUGGCAAAAGAAGAAUAAAGUGCCAAACUUGUGAAGCUGCCAGCAAGAUUUCCUCAAAAAAUAUAAAGAAGAGAAUCGUUCAUAUUAAUGAAGCUUAAAAUAUAAGCGUUUUCUUUGAUCUAUUUCUUCACUUCUCCAUGUGUAUACUAACUCAACAACAAAAAUAUAGAGAAACAGUUGAAAUAAUAUUUGAACUCACCCCCACCUUCAAUAUACAAAUGCCACUUAAUUGGAGGUUGGGUGAGACCCCAUCUUUUCUUUGUAAAAAUCAGCCCCCUUCUCAAUUUGGGAAAGCUCUCUCAUGUAUUGCAAUAUUUAAUUCUGAUAUUGCAGUCUUUUUGUAAGCUGUUUAUCACUUGACUGCUGAGCUCUCAACCGUACCAAAGAUUACUUACUCAAGGGGACUCUGUCCAUUCACUGUCUAUGC